ACCACUUUAUUUAACUUCCUUGAAUAAAAUGUGUUUAUUUACUUUUUACAAUGUAUAAAUGCUAUGACAAAUAAUCAAAUUACAGCUUCGUAGAGGAAAUAAAAGCAAGUUAUUUACUUUCCUGUUUAGGCUGAAAAGAAAUAGGAAUUAAAAUGACUAUUGCAAAUACACUCUUGCUUUUCCUCGUUGGUUGUGUCUGUGAGUCAGUAUUUGCAGACGAUGUGUAUAUAGACACGUGUACAACAUGUAAAUGUAACAUCACUACGCUCCAAGUAAACUGCUCAAGCACAAACCUUACAGAAAUACCUACGGACCCGUUUAACGGCAAGACACGUCUUCUCAACAUGUCAUUAACAGCACUACACAUCAUUAACAAUAAGGACCUGGAGACAUACAGCGCGUUGCAAGUCCUGGAUCUUUAUAAGACUUCAUUAGAAAACAUCAGCGAUUCAGCGUUCAGUAGUUUGAAAAACCUCAAAUACUUAAAUCUCUCCAAUAACGACCAAUUACCGAUGACAGAGAACACGACCAGUCCAAAACUGUUCAGUAAUCUUGAUUCUCUAAUCGAAUUAAAGAUAUAUGGAAAUACUGGCGCGUAUAACCAAGAUGGCUAUCCUGGUGAAGCUUUGGGUGAAAUAAAACAACUAAACUCUCUGUGGAUAGAUGGUUUAACAAACAUGAAUUUCGGACCUGCGUUCAAGACCAUGUCGUCUUUGAAAACCAUCUGGAUACCUGGUGAUAUUAUUCAACCUCCUUGGAGAUUCUGUGAGACAGAUAUUAAGGAUGGGAUGCUUGACAAUUUAGUACAUAUUACCAAUUUCACAAUGAGAAAAUGCGGUGUACGACAUGUUGGGUCUAAUGCAUUUAGAAACAUGACAAGCCUGGUUCACCUCGACUUAUCCUACAACAGGUUCCUUACUAUUGAAGGGCUUUCGCAUGCUUUCCCCAGUCUGGGAAACACUAAAUUGGCUGUACUAGUUCUAAAUGCCAUCGAAAACGUUAUACACAUGAGUUGCGGAGUGACUUUCACAAAAGAUAUAACAAAGAGAGCGUCCAGUAUCAGCACACUAAAAGAAAUUCAUGUUGAAUACAAUGCGAUCAAUGGCUUUGAAAGACACUCAAUACAAUACUUGCCAAAGUCGAUAGAAUACAUCAAUGCAAAGAAAAACGAAUUUGAAAUAGGUUUUUAUGCAUUUGACGCUUAUCUUCUGGAAAAUUUGAAAGCAUUUGAUAUGUCAUACAACUUUUUCCCUGAUGACACUGCGAUAUGGUAUCAUGAUCCACCAAAGUUUUCUCAGAAACAAAAACAAACAGCAGCAAAUUCAUGCGAAAAUAUUCCUUUGGAAACGGACCAGGUUAUCAACUCGGAAGCAGCCAUAUCGAAAGGAAAAAUUGCUUCCUCUUCUCGGCAAAAUAAACAGACGUUUGCUAAACAAGGAAACACAAAACACAAAGGAAAUCUGAAUAUGGAAAUCUAUAGCUCUAAUGAUAUUUCUAAGCAGCGAGCACUGCCAAAUAAAAACCAAGACCACUUCAAAUUUACUGAUUUCAUGCAUGAGAACAUCAAACGGGAACAUUCAGAACCGGAUACGAGUGAUAAAAAUGAAAGCGACGAGCCGGUUUGUCCUCCAGCUAUUUCAUUCAUUCCGCCGGGUACAAUCAUUCCGUACCUUCCAAAGAACUUAGAAACUUUGGAUCUAAGCCACGGCAAGUUCGUUUACCCGAUUCCUGAAAUGUAUUUCAACGAGACAAACAAACUUAAAGUUAUCAAUGCUUCUUUCUCGCUGUUUUAUUGCUGGGACGGUCCAGUACAUGGAGUAAAACACCUGGAAUACGUAGAUCUGAGUUCGAAUCUCUGUUCGAAAAUGAGACUUUCGUUUUUUGACGGAGUUCCAAACUUGAAAUAUUUGUCAAUAGCGAGAAAUUUCCUUUAUUCUGCCAUUGAAAACGACACAAAUGGUAGAAUUCUAAGAAAUCUGACAAAAUUAGAAAGUUUGGACAUGUCGGACAACAAAAUAAUGAAAAUACGACGCCGUUUCUUAAUGAGACAAGAAAACUUGAAGCUUCUGAAUGCAUCAGAAAACAAGCUUACUACAUUCGAUAUUGAGAUAAGCCAUAUGAAACAACUCACUACAAUUGAUCUGAGAGAAAAUAUUAUACACACUCUAUCAAAGGAAAUGCGAGAUAACUUGGAAGCUAUUUCGGAAAGGAAUUACAAGAAAACGAUGAAAUCAUUGUUCGUCAAUCUCAACGGAAAUGACAUUCAGUGUUACUGUAACAAUUUAGACUUCCUGCAAUGGGUAUACGAUCAUAUGUCUACUUGUCGCUUUCUUGAUGUUGCUAUUUCCAAGUGCAUUUAUUACAAUUUGACUGAGAUUGAACUAAACGACCGUAAGCACUUUGGUUCAGUACUUGAACAUCUGAAGAGUCAUUGUGCCUCAUACACAAGUGUUAUAAUAGGUGUUUGUGUUACAUUGUGUGUUUGUCUCAACAUCGGAGUGGCUGUUUUGGUCCAUCGCUUCCGGUGGAAGAUCCGAUAUUGGUACUAUGUUGUUUCUAGCAAGCCUACAACUCGCUCCGGCUACAUUUCUAUAGACAGCCUCAGUGCCAUUGGAUCAAGGUACAAAUUCGAUAUAUACAUUGCAUCUGCUCAAAGCGAUAACACCUUCGUUAUGUACAAAAUGAAAAGCCGACUGGAAAACGAAAAAAUCCGGCUCUUUAUCCAAGAUGUUGAUAUUGUUCCAGGACAAAAUAUCUACAGUAUGAUUGCAAAUGCUAUACACGUCAGCCGAGCAGUGAUCUUUAUCAUUUCAGAGGGGUGUGAGCAAGACAGGGAAUGGAAGAUAGCCAUGCGGAUGGCCCAUGAAGAGUCUCUAAAAAGGGGACAACCGAUGUUCUUUGGAAUAUUUAUCGACCAUGAGCCUGGAACACCGUAUUCUUCGGAUGUCAGAGAGAUAAGGAAGAGGUCGUACAUAGACUAUCCUGGGGACACCCAGCCAGCUAAUGAGCAAACGUUCUGGAUGGAACUGCUGGAGAAAAUUUCCGAAACGGGAAAUGCGCAAAUUUUGAGCUUUGAUACAAGAAUGCAGCAGUAACUACACAUAGUUGAUUUUGAGUUUAACAUUUGACAUUUGUUCGAAUAACACAUCGGUAUUAUGAUUAAAAAAAAGGAUUUUAUGUCAGAAACUGUAUACAACAACUUUUUUUAUCAUAUAUAUUAGCUCUGAAAUUAUGAAGGGAGUACUAGUAUGAAGACCAUUUUAUAUUAAUAUUUCCUGUGGUCAGUGUUUGCCAGUGAAUAUAAUUAGAGAUGCUGGCUUUAUCGUCUGCGAAAUUUCUAAAGUGGACUGGUCGAUAUUUCUAUUUGGACAGUGCCUUUAACUGUUUAAAGGGGUGUUUUCCAAAAAAGAUACUGACUGAAUGGUGGACAGUGCAGACAGUGAUCUUGGUCUGCACUGGUCGCAAAGGCAGAAUCACUUGCUGCCAGCAGGCUAAUGGUUAAAGAACCAGAAGUGUUUUUUUUUUAAUUUCUCUAUGUGGACAUUUCCUGUUGUAAAUCACGUUAUGUCUGGGUGUUUGUUUUCAGAAAUUCUCAAAACUGCAUCGUCGCUUUCCCAAACUGAAUCACAAGACAGUUUGCUUUUAAGGUAUAGGUCCAUGUUUCGGAGAAAAAAGUUCGAACGUCAUCAAAUCAUAGAAAGAAAGCAUUGUUUUACAUGAAAAUUUAACAGCGUAUAAAACAUUUAUAUUCUACAAAACCAUUGUCAAUUUACUCAUAUAUUAUUGAAUUCCGGAAAGGAACUGCAUGAAGGUGCCACACUUCUGGACAGUUUAGCGCCUUUAAAAACUGACCGUUUUUUAAAAGCUGUUACACGUCUUCGUUUUGAUGCAUUUGCAACAUCGUGCGAGUGUUUAAGCUUUACAUAACUAGGUAAAACAUCGUUUUGACAAUUGUUUACAUUUAUUUCUUUAUAAAUGGCAUUCUUAUUUAAAGGGGGACAACUCGUUCAGAAUAUUUUAAGUAUCCAACUCUGUGGGGCAGAACAGUAAAACAUGUAUUGGACAGAUAAGUUGUGUGUCAAGAUGCUGUUCAUUCAUUAAAAAAAUCUGUUGUUUUGUGAUAUACUGCUAAACCUUAACUUUUUUACAGCAAAAUAUAUUAUUGUAUACUAGCUUAUGCUUUUUUUCUCUUUCAAGAUUGAACUUUAUGACUUUUUUCUGGAAAAAUGGAUGUUAUUUUCUGUAACAGUGUAUGUGUUGAUACUUUUUAUAACAAUGUUAUUUUUACACUUAUAAGUAUGAUAAAUAUUUUUGAAAAGAAACACAUUUUCUUUUAACAGAUGUAUAUUUUAUAUUCGUCUAGAUGAAAGACAAGAAUAGAGCGUU